CUGGAAGAAGACUCAAUGGAGCAGGACAUAGAGAGCCCUGUCGCUAUUCAUCAGCCAAAGUUGCCCAAACAAGCUAGAGAGGAUCUGCCAAAAAAUAUAAACAAAGAUUGUGCCAAGAGAAAAAUCCAGAGGUAUGUUAGGAAAGAUGGGAAAUGCAACGUCCACCAUGGGAAUGUCAGAGAGACUUAUCGUUACUUGACUGACAUCUUCACUACCUUAGUCGAUCUCAAGUGGAGGUUCAACCUGUUGAUUUUUGUCAUGGUUUACACUGUGACCUGGCUCUUCUUUGGAAUGAUAUGGUGGCUAAUUGCCUACAUGCGAGGAGAUAUGGAUCAUAUAGGGGACAGCACGUGGACCCCAUGCGUCAGCAACCUCAAUGGGUUUGUCUCAGCCUUUUUAUUCUCAAUCGAGACAGAAACCACCAUUGGGUAUGGUUACCGGGUCAUCACGGACAAGUGUCCCGAGGGAAUUAUUCUGCUUUUAGUGCAGUCUGUUUUAGGUUCUAUCGUCAACGCUUUCAUGGUUGGCUGCAUGUUUGUGAAAAUAUCCCAACCCAAGAAGAGGGCAGAAACCUUGGUUUUUUCUACAAACGCAGUUAUUUCCAUGCGGGAUGGAAAGCUGUGUCUGAUGUUCCGAGUAGGAGACCUUAGGAAUUCACACAUUGUAGAGGCAUCAAUACGAGCCAAGUUGAUCAAAUCCAAACAGACAAAGGAGGGGGAAUUUAUACCACUCAACCAGACAGAUAUCAACGUAGGUUAUUACACAGGGGAUGAUCGUCUCUUUUUGGUUUCACCACUGAUCAUCAGCCAUGAAAUUAACCAGCAGAGUCCUUUCUGGGAGAUUUCCAAAGCCCAGUUGCCCAAAGAGGAGCUAGAAAUUGUUGUAAUCCUAGAAGGAAUGGUGGAGGCAACAGGAAUGACCUGCCAAGCUCGAAGUUCAUACAUUACAAGUGAGAUCCUGUGGGGUUACCGUUUCACCCCUGUCCUCACUCUGGAGGAUGGAUUUUAUGAAGUAGACUACAACAGUUUUCAUGAAACAUAUGAGACCAACACACCAGUUUACAGUGCCAAAGAGCUGGCAGAGAUGGCCAGCCGAGCAGAACUACCCCUGACAUGGUCAGUUUCCAGCAAGCUGGACCAGCAUGCUGAGCUGGAAACUGAAGAGGAAGAAAAGAGUCAAGAAGAACAGAAUGAAAGAAACGGUGACGUGGCCAACUUGGAGAAUGAGUCCAAAGUGUAG